AUGUGGAAUAAUUUAUUGGAAGGACUCUUUUGUGAGAAUUUUUCAAAGGAAGACUUGAAGAAAAGAAGCCGCACAAAGCAUAAGACUCUUCUUUCUUCUUCAAAAGUUCUAAAUACGUUCUUGGAAAAUUGGUUCCAUCAAAUUAACUUAAGUCGUCUUCCUCAAACUUUUCGUCCUUCUUACAAAAAAGGCAACCUAGUGCACAAACCAUCUUGCAUUAGCAAGGUCUACUUCUUUUUCUUCUUCGAAAUUGUGAUAACUAAGUUGCAACGGCAAGCUAGUCUGGAUUGUUGCUCAUGGGAUGGAGUUUAUUGUGACGAGGUGACGGGACAAGUGAUUGAGCUUGACCUCUCUUGCUGCGGACUUCAAGGCAAAUUUUAUACCAACAGUAGCCUGUUUCAGCUCUCCAAUCUCAAACGGCUUGAUUUAUCUUAUAAUGAUUUUUCCGGAUCGCUCAUUUCAGCUAAAUUUGGUGAGUUAUCUAGCUUGACGGAUCUUGACUUGUCGUAUUCUAGUUUUACAGGUGUAAUCCCAUCAGAAAUCUCUCGCCUUUCUAAAUUACAAGUUCUUCACAUACGGAGUGUUGAUCCUUAUGUACUUAGACUCAGGCCUUACAAUUUUGAACUACUCCUUAAGAAUUUGACCCAAUUAAGAGAGCUUGGCCUUUACUCUGUGAACAUCUCUUCAAUCAUCCCUUUAAAUUUCUCUUCUUAUUUAACAUCCCUAUGGCUUCAACGCACACUGUUACGUGGGGUAUUGCCUGAAAGAGUUUUCCACCUUUCCAACUUGGAAUACCUUGAUUUAUCAUCCAAUUCCCUAACUGGUCCAAUUCCAUCCAACGUAAGUGGACUCCAAAACUUACAAUUCCUCUUCUUGUCAUCAAACUACUUGAAUGGGACAAUACCUUCAUCGAUAUUCUCCCUCCCAUCACUAGAAUGGUUAGACUUGAGCAAUAACUCUUUCAGCGGCAAAAUUCAAGAGUUCAAGUCCAAUAAUACAUUGGAUUUCGUUUCAGUAAAACAAAAUCAGUUGCAAGGUCCUAUACCUUCAACCGUGUGCAAUCUGAAAGCACUGAGAGUGCUAGACUUGGGAAGCAAUCAUUUGAACGGAAAAAUCCCACAUUGUUUGGGUGAGAUGAGUGGACUUCAGGUUUUGGGUUUAAACAACAAUAGACUCAGUGGAACAAUUAAUACAACUUUUAAUACUAAAAACCGAAUCAUCAUCAUUAACUUGUACGAGAAUAAGCUGAAGGGGAAAGUUCCGCCAUCGUUGAUCAAUUGCAGAAAUUUGGAAUUCCUUGAUUUAGGCAACAAUGAAUUGAAUGACACAUUUCCAAGUUGGUUGGGAGGCCUUCCUGAUUUGAAGAUUUUAAGCUUGAGAUCAAAUAAGUUGCACGGCCCUAUAAGUUAUUCAAGGACAAACAACUUGUUUGCUAAAAUUCGAGUAAUAGAUCUCUCAUUCAAUGGAUUUAGUGGAGAUUUACCGGUGAGCCUUUUCGAGAUUUUUCAAGCCAUGAAAAUCAUUGAUGAGAAUAGUAGAACACGAAAGUAUAUAGCAGAUUAUUAUAAUGGUUCUAAUGCGAAUAAUUUGAUAGUUACAACAAAGGGACUGGAUCUGGAACUUCCUCGAGUUUUGACUACAUACAUGAUUAUCGAUCUCUCAAGGAAUAGAUUUGAAGGUCAUAUUCCACGCAGUAUUGGAGAUCUCGUUGGACUCCGUAUGCUGAACCUAUCUCAUAAUGGCUUGGAAGGUAUUAUACCAGCAUCAUUCCACCAAUUAUCUGUACUUGAAUCGUUGGAUCUCUCAUCCAACAAAAUAGGCGGUGAAAUUCCACAGCAGCUUGCAUCCCUCACAUUUCUUGCGGUUUUAAAUCUCUCUCAUAAUCAUCUUGUUGGAUGCAUUCCCAAAGGAAAACAAUUUGAUACGUUUGAGAACAGCUCAUACCAAGGGAAUGAUGGGUUACGUGGAUUGCCACUCUCAAAAGAUUGUGGUGGUGAUGAUGGGGUACCACAAGCGACAACUGCAGUUGAGCUAGAUGAUGAAGAAGAAGGAGAUUUGAUCAGUUGGCAAGCGGUUCUCAUGGGUUUCGGUUGUGGUCUGGUUAUUGGACUGUCCAUAAUAUACAUAAUGUUGUCAGCUCACUAUCCAGUAUGGUUUUCGAGUAUGGUUGUAAAAUUUGAACACAAAAUUGAUACGAGAAUGAAAAGAUAUUAGUUGAAGCA